AUGGCAAGCUCAAAGAAACUGGUCUCGGCAGCCGCCGUGCAAUCACAUACCACCCGCGAUGACUGCUGGAUUGUCGUCGAGGGAAAAGUGUAUAACAUGACAAGAUUCGCCCCAGAGCAUCCAGGCGGAGCAGAGAUAAUAUACACAUAUGCUGGCAGAGAUGCAACCGAGGCUUAUUUGGAGAUCCAUGAACCGAAUCUCAUCAAGUCCAACCUCUUGUCGGAGGAGCAAGUCGGGGAUCUUGACCCAAGUACCCAGCUUCCAGACGUCCCACCGGGUCGAGAUUCGAGGCCAAAGCAGAAGAAAGGAGACAAACCGUCGCUCGACACUUUCAUCAACCUGUACGAUUUCGAAGAUGCGGCGAGGAAAUCACUCUCAGAGAAGAGCUGGACCUUCAUCUCGGGCGCUUCGAACGACAACAUAACGCGAGAUGCCAAUCAUGAUUUAUUCAGAAGGAUAUGGUUCAGGCCUCGGGUAUUAAGGGACGUCUCGACGGUAUCUACAAAAGGCACCAUGAUGGGUUGCCAAGUGUCUCUUCCCAUUUGGAUCGCGCCGGCGGGUGUGGGCAAGACAGCCGGACCGGAGGGUGAGUUGGCGCUGAGUAAGGGCGCAGCGGCCACCGGUAUCAUUCAGACAAUAUCGACCACGGCAUCAUUUCCGCUGCUUGAAAUCCUCGACGCCGCGGGCAAGGACCAUCCCUUCUUCUUCCAGUUAUACAUCAACAAGGACAGGUCAAAAACCGAAGAGCUUCUCAGAGUCAUCAACAGUCGGCCGCAGAUCAAAGCGUUGUUCGUCACCGUCGACCUUCCCGUCGUCUCGAAAAGAGAAGCAGACGAACGAAUAAAGCACGAUACCUUACAUUCCAGCGGUCUGGGAGGUGCCUCAGCUGGGAGCGACCACAAGGGCUCGGGCCUCGCGAGAAGUGUUGGAUCUUUCAUUGACCCCGCGUUCUGCUGGGACGACCUCGCCUGGCUGCGCCGACAGACCCAACUGCCGAUUGUUCUAAAGGGCAUCCAAUCAGCAGCUGAUGCUAAGAUCGCCAUGCACAUGGGAUGUCAGGGGAUUGUGGUGAGCAAUCAUGGAGGCCGGGCUCUGGAUGGUGCUCCAGCCUCCAUUCUCGUGCUCUUGGAGCUUCACAGGGAGUGUGCUGAGGUUUUUGAUCACAUGGAAGUGUUUAUCGACGGAGGGUUCAGGAGAGGAUCCGACAUUCUCAAAGCCAUCUGUCUUGGAGCCAGCGGCGUCGGCCUAGGCAGACCUUUCAUGUAUGCCAUCAACUACGGCAAAGAGGGCGUCAUGCAUGUCGUCAACAUUCUCAAAGACGAAGUUGAGACGGCCAUGCGCCUGGCAGGGCUCAAAUCUCUUGACGAAGCCGACCCAGCUCUGGUCAAUACCGCCGAUUUGGAUACUCUCGUCCCUCGCGGAUCACUCCAUCCUUAUGCCCGCAGACGCGAAGGUCCGAGGAGACAAUACCGUCUUUAA